CCCGGCGUCUCCGAGAUGUCCCUGGGGGACUCCAGCCACCGCAGAGAGGGAACUUCCCGGGGGCCCCACGGCAUCCUAGUUGGCGCCGGGCUCGGGCCCUCAACCCUGCCUCCCUCACGAGGCUUCCCCGGAGGCGGCGAGAGCGUGGCCGGCCCGGAGGAGGCCCCAGCUGCCAGCCCGCUGCUGGAAGACCUCAGGCGGCGGCUGGCGCGCGCCUUCCAGCGGGCGGUGCCGCGCGGCGGCUCGAGGCUCUCGCGGGAGGAGGAGGCGGCGGAGGCGGCGCGGGAGGAGCGGAGCCGGGCGCGCGUCGAGAGCGCCCUGGCCGGGCUGCGCGCCGAGCUGCUGGAAAUGCGUUUCCAAAAUUGCCAGCUGGCCAGAACUUUGCUGGAUUUAAACAUGAAAAUGCAGCAAUUGAAAAAGUAUGAACUGGAAAUUGCAUCAGAAUUGCAAAGCUCGGAAGAUAAUGUCGUGAAUAUGGAAUGAGGAAACGCACAGAAGAAGAUCUGAACCCUAAAAAUAACAUAGACAGCUCCGAAACAGUUCUGACAGUAACAUUAUGGAUGCUUUGUGUAAGACUUUAGGGGCAAUUUUUAGGCCAAAAACUCCGAUGCCAUGGGGAAGUGACAGAAAACAUCUACAAGAGGGGGAGAGAAGAUGGUACGUUGUCAAGUUUUAAAGUUACAUAUUCGUUGU